UCUGUCAUUGUGAGCGAUGCUAAAGUGUUUUACAAAGUGUCUGAGAGAGAGGGAAUGCGAAGGGUUAUAGGAGCUUGAGUUGAUAUAUGCUGUCUUGUGGAUAAUACGUCCUUACAUGAGCAUCAUAUUCCUUCUGUGAAUUGUAAUUCUGACUAAAGCAGGCGCGGCAGCAACUGAUUUGAUUGAGUUGGUUUGGGCGGAUUUGGUGUUUGCGAGGAGUUUGCUUUUGAAUUGGAUUCCACCGGGAAUUUAAUUCCGAUUCUCGCAAGAGUCUGGGUUUUCCUCCCUCCCUCCCUCUACAUAUAAAUAUAAAUCCCCAAAUUUUAUCAGGCGUCGGACCUGAGGAGUCUCCAUCGAUCGAACCCAUCCUCACACUAACAACUUAUCUCCAGAUUUUUUUGGCUGCCGUGGGGAACAAUGAAUGCACUAGUAGCCACAAACAGGAACUUCAAAUUGGCCUCUCGGCUCUUGGCUUUGGAUUCCAAGCUUGAGAAAAGCUUACUCAUUCCAUUCAGAGAAAUCAAGGUUGAGUGUACCAUACCUAAAGACGAUGGCACCUUAGCAUCAUAUGUUGGAUUCAGAAUUCAACACGAUAAUGCCAGAGGGCCGAUGAAAGGAGGAAUCAGAUACCAUCCUGAGGUUGACCCAGAUGAAGUGAAUGCUUUAGCGCAACUAAUGACUUGGAAGACAGCUGUCGCAAAUAUACCGUACGGUGGUGCCAAGGGGGGAAUAGGGUGCAACCCUUCAGAAUUAAGUGUGUCGGAAUUAGAACGGCUUACUAGAGUUUUCACUCAGAAAAUUCACGAUCUGAUUGGAAUUCACACAGAUGUGCCCGCACCUGAUAUGGGAACGGGACCACAGACUAUGGCAUGGAUACUGGAUGAGUACUCGAAGUUUCAUGGCUAUUCUCCUGCAAUUGUGACUGGAAAACCUACAGAUCUUGGUGGAUCUCUGGGCAGAGAUGCAGCCACAGGAAGGGGAGUCCUCUUUGCCACAGAGGCUCUGCUUUAUGAGCAUGGGAAGAGCAUUUCUGGACAACGGUUUGUCAUACAGGGUUUUGGGAAUGUGGGAUCGUGGGCGGCACGAUUGAUAAGCGAGAAAGGUGGGAAGAUAGUUGCUGUGAGUGACAUUACAGGUGCCAUAAAGAAUAGCCAUGGAAUUGACAUCCCAAGCCUUCUCAAGCAUUCCAGAGAGCAUCGAGGCAUUAAGGGAUUCCAUGGUGGUGAUCCAAUAGAUGCCAACUCAGUAUUGGUUGAGGACUGCGAUGUUCUCAUCCCCGCAGCUCUUGGGGGUGUCAUUAACAGGGAAAAUGCAAAUGAAAUCAAAGCCAAAUUUAUUAUCGAAGCAGCCAAUCACCCAACUGACCCAGAGGCGGAUGAGAUUUUGAAAAAGAAAGGAGUUGUAAUCCUUCCAGACAUAUAUGCCAAUUCAGGAGGAGUCACAGUCAGUUACUUUGAGUGGGUGCAGAAUAUCCAAGGGUUCAUGUGGAAUGAAGAGAAAGUGAACAAUGAGCUGAAGACUUACAUGACGAGUGGCUUCGAGAGUGUGAAAGAGAUGUGCAAAACCCACAAUUGCGAUCUUCGCAUGGGAGCGUUCACCCUCGCAGUUAAUCGUGUAGCUCGGGCCACAGUCCUUAGAGGGUGGGAAGCUUGACAUCUUCAGUCCAUGAUUGCUGCUGCUGCAUUGAAUAAAGCUAAAGAAUACCUGAUUCCGGACAUUCUAGUCUCUUGUUUGGUAAUGCUACUGUGAGAGAUAUACAUCCACCAUUUUUUGUUGUUAUAACCUUCCCCUCAGCUUUAUUUGGUCCAUUUAUGCCUGAGUUAUCAAAACAAAAGGCAUGUCCACCCAACAUAAUUUACUCACCUGUCAUGGUCAUUUCCUUCAUCUGAAAUAAAAUUGUUUUAGAUCCUCGGCAUGCAAGACAUGCUUCAUCUUC